AUGACUCAUACUUCGCAUGCUGAUGAAUAUCCUAAUUAUCAGGGUCAACAGAAAGUUCACAUUGAGUUGCGAAAAAUGGGUUCCAAGGUUUUCCUUGUUCUAGUUAUGUUCUUGGCGACUAUCAUUCUCAUCUCUAGUGACGUUACACCCAAACACUUCGAAGAGAAACAUGACAAAGAAGAUGGUAAUCUUGCCACAAAUGGGGUAGAUGAAAGCAAAUAUGGCUUUGGUGGUUAUGGCGGCUAUGGUGGUUAUGGAGGUUACGGUGGAUAUGGCGGCUAUGGUGGGCGUGGUGGUUAUGGCGGCUAUGGUGGCUAUGGAGGUUAUGGUGGGCGUGGAGGCUAUGGCGGUUAUUGCCGCUAUGGUUGCUGUGGUUGGGGCUACUAUGGACGCUGUCUAAGGUGUUGCUAUUAUGCUGGUGAACAUGUUGAGGCUAGUGUUGAUGCUAAACCUCACAACUAA